UUUUGUUUUUUAUGCAGGGCAAGUUACCAGAAUCCAAAUGGCUCUCUUGAAUAGGCGACUGGGUUUAUCCUUAACCCAUCUAAGCAGCACAGUCCUCCAGCGACACUUCAGUGUCACUGGAGCGUGCAGAGCAAUACAGAAACUGACUCGUGUACGAGUGGUGGACAACAGCGCCUUGGGGAACACAGCAUACCACCGGCCACCAAAAUGUAUCCAUGUGUAUAACAAGACUGGAGUUGGCAAAGUAGGAGAUACCAUCCUUCUGGCUAUCAAAGGAGAAAAGAAGAAGGCUUUGAUUGUAGGGCAGAAGAUGCCUGGCCCCACCAUGACCCCUAGAUUUGAUUCCAACAAUGUGGUACUCAUAGAAGACAAUGGAAAUCCGAUAGGAACGAGAAUAAAAACACCAAUACCUUAUAUCCUGCGACGGAGAGAAGGAGAGUUUUCCAAAGUAUUGGCCAUUGCCCGCAACUUUGUGUAAUAGCCAAGAAAGGUUUCUGGCCAUCCUUGUUUAUGUCUUUUCAUGCAGUAACUGUUCCUUGUAUUUUUACUAGAAAAGGUGAAACAUAUGAGAAAGUGGAGGUUCGUAAAAAGUCUCUCUUCCUGUUUAUGAAGUAUAAACAGCUAGUUUCAAUAUUGGAAUAUCUUGUUUUUCCUGCAAAUGAAUGUUGAUUUGUUUCACAGAAACAUCUGCAGUGUGUCUGGGAAAUGCUCCUUCCCUCCGACUGCUCCUAUAGUGUUAAUUUGACCUCUGAUCAUUAAAAUGAAAACAUGGCAA